AUGAUAUCGACUGACCCUCAGGAUGAGAUCAUGUUAAUGGAUGCAAGUAAGUCUAAUGAACUCUGUUCUAUGGAAUUUGAUUGGAGUUGUUCAUCUUCUGGAUUAGGGGUUGGGGUUGUUUUGAUACCUCCCCAUGGAAAGGUCAUUCCUUAUUCUUUCAAGUUGGAAUUCCAAAACACGAAUAAUACGGUCGAAUAUGAGGCCUUGCUAUUAGGUUUGGCUGAAGAAAAGAGGUUGCAAAUCAAAAUGUUGGAGGUGGGAGGCGAUGCAGAACUUAUUGUUAAGCAAGUGAGGGGCUUAUUUGUAGACAAAAAUGAGAGAUUGAGACACUAUAGGAAUCAUGUUUGGGAUGAGAUCGAAGCCUUCGAUGCUUUUUCAAUUGAAGCCAUUCCUAGGGAGUUUAAUUCGAAGGCAGAUUCUUUGGCGGUAUCUGUAGCCUUACUGGUUCCACACCCAGAUUUCACAACUGACACUUACAGAGUUGAACUAGUUUAUAGACCUAGUGUGCCAAAUAAUUAUGAAUCCUGGUAG